AUGGUAACUAUACACCAGUGUCAUCACUCGCUUUUGUUUAAACUUCAGUCAUCGUCAGGGGCAAUGACUAUGGUCUCCAUCGAAAGAGAUUCGGCUUCUGCCGUUUCUUUGGCUGUCGAUGACAGCUCGUUGCAUCCGAUGGUAAAUCUUUACGAAAUCGGGAUCAAUGGGAAAACAUGUGUUAACAGGGAUAUUCUACUAAAGUGUCCUUUCCAAAAAGCCAUGUCUUUGCGUAAAAGCAUAUUAACAAGCGGUGCCGUUUUGCUGCUCAUUGUGGGCAUUUUCUAUUACUUAUAUAUCAUGGAAUCUACCAACGUCAAGAAAAAUAUCUUUUUGCUGGAUCCAUUUUUCGUAUGCCCAAAAUGGAAUCAUUGUUUAAAACACUUACUCUUCAACUUGUCGGAAUUGGACUGGCCCAUUGCUCCAGUGGCAGAUAAGCCAAUUGGACGAAGUCUUCCCAACGGAGAAGUAUACAGACCACCUCGUUCCUUUAUGCCUGUGGCCAGCAAAUCGCAGAGGAAAUUAUUUAACAAAUUGUUAGAGCAAUUUGCUGAACUCAUGUCGGAGAAUGAAUUGGGCGAUCGAUUCUUCCUAAUGGGUGGAACGCUCUUGGGUAGCUUCCGACACCACGAUCACAUUCCCUGGGAUGAGGACGUGGACAUUUUAGUUGACUUGCAACUCCGCCCACUAAUAACUAGAUUAGUAUCGCUUUUGCUUCCUGAGUUCCGGAUAUACAAAUCAGGAGAACGUGAUAAAUUGUGCACAAAAAGAUUUCAAGGUAUCAACGACUCUAAAGAUUCGGAGCUUAGUAUACGCACCUCAAGGUGGAAAUGGGGUUGGCCAUUUCUUGAUAUCGGAUAUUACCUUUCUAAUCGAACACAUGUGUGGGAACAUGCUUUGUACAAUAGCCAGAGACUUGUGUGGCCGAGAGAUUUUGUGUUCCCACUAAUGUUUCGUCCUCUAGGUAGACACUGGUAUCCAACUCCGUUCGCGACGAUGCGGUUCAUGCGCCAAACCAAAGCAUUUACUGGCACCUGCUCCGUAAGUGGCUGGGAUCAUGUGCUAAUGAAGAGCAGUCGUGCAUUGUUGACGCCAUGUAAAAAUCUGCGUGAUAGAUACGCCUUUGUGCGUCGCCAAUUAUCCGACAAGCGCCUAAACAACAUGAUGUUAUCAGCAGCGCAUUCAGUCUUGCUCACGCUGUCGGUUGUGAAAGAGGAACUGAUAAUCUACAUAAAGAAAGACACUCCAUCUGCUCGAGUGAUUCAUUCAAUUCACCUUCCGGGGCAUUCAGAGGAUGCUGAUCUGGACAUUUACGAUUAUGUGAAAUGA